GCCGGAGAGAAAAGGAUUAAUAUCUCCCCAUUUCUUUUCUGCUGAAAAAACUUUUAGUCUAAGAAGGUCCAAGUUGGGUACGUGCAAAAUCCAUUUUUGUCGAGUAGAAACAGGGUAAGGAAGAAGAGAACUCUCUUUCUGCUGUGAAAUCGAGACGAGAUACUCUGAAAAAAUGAGUGGGGUGGUGAAAGAUCCAUCACAUUUCACGACUACCUGCUCUGCCUUUCAACACUUCAGAGCCCCUAGGACUAAAUCCAUUCCCACUCUCCACUUUCUUCGAUUCGAAGGACCAAAGUUGCAUCCAGGAAAAGCUUUACAGUGCAACAGGAGCACCAGGAUCCGGGCUUUUGGUUCAGGUGACGGAGAUAGCAGGACAGUGCUGGAUGCAUUUUUUUUAGGGAAGGCUCUAGCAGAAGCGCUUAACGAGAGAAUUGAGUCAACAAUUGGGGAGGUUUUGAGCACAGUUGGCAGGUUGCAAGCUGAGCAGCAAAAGCAAUUGCAGGACUUCCAGGAAGAGGUGUUGGAGAGAGCCAAAAGAGCCAAGGAGAAAGCAGCACGUGAAACAAUGGAGGCACAGGGAAUUGUUGCUAAGUCUACAACCACCAAGACAAUGAGCUCAGUCACCAAUGGUCUUGCUUCAGGACCUUCACACUCAAUAAACAAUGGUAUAACUCCUGCAAGUUCAUCCUCAUCAGUGUCUGAUCCCACCACUGUUGAGACAAAUAAGAAUCCUGCUGGCGAGGACACUGUUUUGGACGUUCCAAAUGAAAACUAAACUGCCAUUUCCAUCUGUCUUAUAGUUUUUUAUGUAACACAAUGGAACUCUUAACUGAAAAAUAUAGUUACCACAUCUUAGAACACAUCUGAAAAUAAAGUUACCAUCACCUAUUAUAGCUUUCUGGUUUACUGAUUUCUUUGGGUA